CCGCGGAGGUGCCAUGAGCGGCAGAACUGCCUUGAGCGAGUGCCCGUUCACCGCGUGCAGGAGCCUGCACCCCGACCACCUGUGGAUCUGGCGGCCCAACGUGUAUGUGGACGAGAAUGACCGCACCUGGCUGCCCAUCAUCAUGGAGACAGAAAGCAGCCUCCAAGUCCUCAUGCUCCAGAUCGAGGUCUCCCGCGGGGAGGCCAUGCAGCCCAGCCGGCUGCCCCCCAGCAUGCUGCCCCUCAUGUGGCAGCUCUACCCUGGCAGGCGGUACCGCGCCUCCGACUCCAGCUUCUGGCGCAUCGUGUACCACAUCGAGAUCAGUGGCGUCGAGGACAUGGUCCUUGAGCAGCUGCCAGACCCGUAGCGCAAGCCGCGCGUGGUCCUGCGGUUCCUGUUCCUGUGCCCUGAGCCGCAGUCCCGCUGGCCUGCAGUGGGGACGUCCAUGCUUCUGUGUUCCUUUUUACCAGCCCUGUUGUUCUGUCUGCCACCCCCGCCGGAGGGUGCGGCCGGCAGGGGAUGAGCCCGCCCAGGGCCCACGGGAACCUGCCUGCAGC